UUCAAUUUCAACUCAAGACUCAAGUGCCAAAUGAUUAACAAAUCAAAUAUCAAUAUUUAUUCUAGCAAAUUAUGAUUUCCAGUUUCCACUUUUACUAACGAGAAAUGAUUAGCUCCACGUUAUUAUAGGCUGUAUAUUAUUGUGGUCGGUAGUAUUUUUUAAACUACUUACUAGUGAAUCAUGAGUUUCUCGUGUGAUUUGUCGCAAUCAAAUGAAUAUCUAAGUUUCCGAAGUAGUAUUCCUUUGCGUAAAAUAGUCGUUGAUUCCGAUGGAGCCAAGCCUUGGAAAAUAUUCGACAGUGGACCCAAGUCUCUGUCGUGUCCAUUAAUAUGCUUGCCACCUGUUUCGGGUACUGCUGAUAUAUUUUUUAAGCAAGUUAUGGGGCUCGCCUCACGAGGUAUUCGUGUUAUAGCUGUUGAGUCUCCUCCAUACUGGAAUAUAAAAGAAUGGUGUGAUGGAUUUAAGAAACUCAUUGAUUAUCUAGAAUUGGAUAAAGUUCAUAUCUUCGGCACAUCCUUAGGUGGAUUUAUGGCACAGAAGUUUGCAGAAUUUACACAGAACUGUCCUAGGGUAGUAUCCCUUGUACUAUGUAACACCUUCACAGAUACCUCCGUGUUUGAGUAUAAUGAUUCAGCUGCAUUGUUUUGGCUUUUACCAUCUUUGGUAUUAAAAAGAAUGCUAAUGGGAAAUUUUGUUGCGGAUAAAGUUGACAAAAGAAUAGCAGAAUCAAUUGACUUUAUGGUCGAAAGGCUUGAAUCUUUAACACAAUCAGAAUUGGCAUCAAGGUUAACACUAAAUUGUACACCAUGCUACAUUCAGCCACAAAAACUUUAUGAUAUACCAAUAACAAUUAUGGAUGUUUGGGAUGAGAGUGCGCUCAGUUCAAGGGUUCGUGAGGAUCUUUACAAAUCAUACCCACAGGCUAAACUAGCCCAUCUCAAAAGCGGCGGAAACUUCCCAUACUUGAGUAGAAGUGAUGAGGUCAACUUACAUUUACUGAUACAUUUAAGGCAAUUUGAUGGCACAGAUAUUUCAGCAUCAUAUCUGAGUUUACACAAAAUGCCCAAUCAGAACCAAAUGAGCACUGAAGAAGGCACAGUUAGCUACUUUAAUCAAAGGGAUAAGAUGGUCAAAAUAUCUUGAAGCUUCAUAUUUUGACAAAAACCGAAUUUAAUUCUGCAUUUUACUAUAUGUAGCUACUUUGAUGUAGCAAUAGUCAUUUUUAUAUGUACCUAUACUAAUAUUGACAAUUCCUAUGCUAUAGCUUGAAGGACACAAUGUUUAAAUCUAUGUUAUUGUUAUUAUUUAAGUAAAUUGUACGUAUAGUUUAUUUAUAUUUGACUGAUGAUUCCUCUGCUAAUCUGUCU